GUACUAUAUAUGGUUUGAUCAAAUUCCUUCUAAAAACAACAUCCAUAGGAUUCUUGAAUUUCUUUAGAGUACAAAAAAUAGCACUACUUGUUUUUUUUUUGACAAAAAAAUAGCACUUAUUAUAUAGUUUCAGACAUUCCAUGAGUUUGAGCUUUUGGUUAAAUUGGUUCUUUACCAAAAGCAUCCAGCGUUACAUUACAACAAGCUAGCUAGCUAGAGAGAUUUAUUUAAAAGCACGCGCGCGGGAGAAAUGCAGAUCGGAUGUGGAAGUAGCAGUAGUUAUGAUGAUGUUGGCACUCGUUACGAGAAAAUCAAGAAUGGGUCUUGGCUAGGCCAGUUUGGGGAUGUAUGCAAUCCAUGGAUGGCUAGAUAUGCCUAUGGGUUGCUCUUUCUUCUUGCAAAUUUACUCGCUUGGGCUGUUCGUGACUAUGGCACUAGCUUUUUCAAAGCAAGCAAAAGGCUAAAUGAAUGCAACGGUGGAAAAGAGUGUUUGGGUACGGACGGAGUUCUUAGAGUCAGCUUGGGAUGUUGUAUAUUCUACUUGAUAAUGGAUGAUGGGUGCCCUACUUGUGUUUCCAUUCUUUCUUCCUAUCAAGUUUCUUUCCAUCUACGGGUGUUUUUAGUGAUCCAGCUGAUAAGCAUAAACGGGCUCAUAAACAGAUUAAGCAAAUGGUGCGAAUCGAAAGACAGAAUCUGCCUAGUGGUGAUGUUUAAAACAAUUCCCCACACAUUAUUCAUCAUGGGUAUCAUCUUCUUCUACAUAUGGUUUGUGCCACGCCGGUCCUGCGCCAUUAACAUCUUCUUCAUCACUGCAACUCUCAUUCUCCACCUCCUCAACACAGCCGUCGCCCUCUUCCUCAUCAAGGCCAAUGCAACUUCUUCUUCUUCCUCUUUGACUUCUGGUUUCAUGGGACUUUAUCUUCUCUUCCUCUGCUGGACUGCACUUAAAAGGUCAGCUUUUCUCUAUGUCAUGUAGGUUAUAUGAAAAAAAUGAAUUUAUCUAAAUAGUACUAAAACAUAGUAAGUUUCCAAAUGUAGUAUUAUAUGUUUUUAUUUCUCAAUGUAGUAACACUGGUCAUUGUCCACUGGUCAUUGUUUAAGUAAAUGUCCACCAUCACUGAACAUUGUUCAAACUAAAUGUCCAUCAUCACUGGACAUUAUCUUCGCCACCAUGCAUUAUUUAAGUACUAUUUAAGGAAUAAAAAAGUUCAAGUACU